AUGACCUAUUCAUGUAACAUCCUGCCAUACAUGAGAAGGAGACGUAUUGGUCCUUCAGAAAAAAAUCACACAAUCGAAGUUCGUCCAUCUCGACACUUAAGGAUUCAACACUUAAAUCCUCAUCCUCGAGAUCAGCAGUUCGAAAAUGAGAUGCUGAUGUUCAAGCAGUAUAAAAACACAGGAAUGCCUUCUUCGGGGUUUUUUACAAUACCUGGAAGAUAUCAUGGUAGUAACAAUUACCAUGAUGACACUUUGGAACUGCAGCAUUCUUUACCUUUGUCAGAAAACAAUGCAGCUCAGGCAUCUGUGUAUCAUAGUUCUUAUGAGCAGACUGGUAAUAAGGGUACUACUGCCACAAAGGACAUUGUUAUAUUUUUUAUUCAUGGGGUAGGAGGAUCAUCAGAUAUUUGGCUUGCACAGAUGAAGUACUUCUCAGAUCAAGGCUAUGAGAUUGUGGCACCUGAUUUGAUUGGUCAUGGUUUUAGCUGCACUGUAAGGGAUGCCAAGGCAUACCAUUUUAAAGAAAUUGCAGCAGACGUUGAAGAGCUGUUUGACAGAUACUGCAAGAGAAAGAAUGUUUUGAUAGGACAUUCAUAUGGUGCUUCAUUUGCCACAUAUUUGGCUCGAAAGCGACCCCGGCGAGUCAUUAGGCUGAUUCUCAUAAGUGGUGGUCCUCCCACCCCAUUGAUGCCUCAGCCUGGUGUGUUUUCCUUGCCAUAUUGUCUAUUAGCUUGCAUCAAGCCAUGCCUGCUCUGUAGAUUUUACAAGAGUGCAUUUUACAGUAAGCAGAGUCCAGUUGUUCCAAAGGAAGUAGCUUUCAAUAUACCAGCUUAUGUUCUGCAGUACACAAUGAAUGGACAGGACUGGCCAGAUGGAGAUGAAGUAUACCAUGAAUGGAUUACCUGCCCUUCUUUACUUAUUUAUGGUGCUUAUGACCAGCUUGUUUCUCUGCAAGAGGAGAAAGACAUGGCCAAGGUGAUACACAAUUCACGACUUGAAGUGAUAGAAGAUGCUGGCCAUAUGGUAAUGAUAGAAGCACCAGCAGAAGUCAACCGUCUGAUUGAAGAAUUCAUAUCUCAGCCACCAACCCAGAUGACUGCUGAGUACAUUACAACUUGA